AUGGUUAUCUCAUCAACAGUCAAACAUCCAGAUGAACAUAGUGAGAGCAUAGACUGUACUUUUGCGUCUAGAUACGUGCGUGAACCAGUUCCAAAGUUCAAGCUGUCAGAGAGUUCUAUACCAAAAGAUGCAGCAUAUCAGAUAAUAAACGAUGAGUUGAUGUUAGAUGGAAAGCCAAGGCUUAACUUGGCUUCCUUUGUCACUACUUGGAUGGAACCUGAGUGUGAUAAGCUUAUCAUGGAUUCUCUUAACAAGAACUAUGUUGACAUGGAUGAGUAUCCUGUCACCACUGAGCUUCAGAACCGGUGUGUGAAUAUAAUAGCACAUCUAUUCAAUGCUCCUAUUGGUAAAGAGGAAUCAGCAGUAGGUGUUGGAACUGUAGGAUCAUCAGAAGCAAUAAUGUUAGCUGGUUUAGCUUUUAAAAGGAAAUGGCAGACAAAGAGAAAAUCAGAAGGCAAACCUUACGAUAAGCCCAACAUCGUUACCGGGGCUAAUGUGCAGGUUUGUUGGGAAAAAUUUGCUAGGUACUUUGAGGUUGAACUAAAGGAAGUGAAACUCUCAGAGGGAUACUAUGUGAUGGAUCCAUUGAAAGCAGUUGAAAUGGUAGAUGAGAACACUAUCUGUGUUGCAGCCAUUUUGGGUUCAACGCUGACCGGAGAGUUUGAGGAUGUGAAGCUUCUUAACGAACUUCUUACUAUAAAGAACAAGGAGACGGGAUGGGAUACGCCGAUUCAUGUGGAUGCUGCGAGUGGCGGUUUUGUUGCUCCGUUUCUCUACCCUGAUCUUCUAUGGGAUUUUCGCUUGCCGUUGGUGAAAAGUAUCAAUGUUAGCGGUCACAAGUACGGUCUUGUUUAUCCCGGUAUUGGUUGGGUUGUCUGGAGGAAUCAAGAUGACUUGCCGGAUGAUCUUGUUUUUCAUAUCAAUUAUCUUGGAUCUGAUCAGCCAACUUUCACAUUGAAUUUCUCAAAAGGAUCGAGUCAAAUCAUUGCUCAAUACUAUCAAUUCAUUCGACUUGGAUUCGAGGGCUACAAACAUGUGAUGCAAAAUUGCUUGGCGAACACGAAAAUUCUGAAAGAAGGAAUUGAGAAGACUGGAAAGUUUAAGAUUGUGUCCAAGGAUGUCGGCGUGCCACUUGUCGCAUUCUCCUUGAAAGACAGUAGCCGACACACUGUAUUCGAAAUAGCAGACCAUUUGAGAAAAUACGGGUGGAUAGUUCCGGCCUACACAAUGCCUGCGGAUGCACAACACAUCGCGGUCCUCCGAGUGGUGAUCAGGGAGGAUUUUAGCCGCAGUUUGGCUGAGAGACUUAUUUCUGAUAUUUGCAAAGUAGUGACUCUCUUGGAGACACUUCCGAGUUCUAUCUCCUCGAAAAGUGCUCAUGUCGCGGUUAUCGCGAGUGAGACGAACGAAGAGGUUAAGAAAGAUAUUACAGAGACUCAAACUGAGAUUGCAAGUUAUUGGAAGAAGCUUGCUAAAGCAAAGAGAGUUGGAACAUGCUAG